UCGGCCAUAGCCAUCAGUCGAGUUCAACGUCAACAGGUGUUACAAUCGUGUGCAGUUCAGCAAUAUUAUAUAUUCCUCGCGUUCCGUUACUAACAUUGGACAUUUAUUUUUAUUUCUGUUCGUUAUUUGUUCUCUUUUUUUUGUUGUUUUUAUCUUUUUUUUAGAAAUUACGUUCGUUAUUUGUUCCAGAGGAUUUAUACGGAUACAAAAAAAUAUAAAACACAAACCUAUCUACCUACCUAGACGAGGUUCAUUUCAAGGAUUAAUAUUUCAAAAACGAAAUAAAAAAAAUACAGCCCGAUUCGGGUGAAGUCGAUUUAUUGCAUUGAUAGCCUUAAUCAAAAAUAUAAACAUGAGUCGCCAGUUAUGGCUGGUAGUACUCGUUGUGGCGAUAUGUGCCACAACACUGGGAUCGACCACAGAACAACCCCCACGUAAUUCCCUGCAAGACGGUGAUAAUCACAUUGAUAUUUCAUCUGAAGUUCCAUCUAAAGCCGGCAAGAAACUUUCCACUCUUAAAAUUAAGAAGCCAAUUAACGCCACAACCACUAAUCGUCCAAAACCGGAAAAAGAUGGGUUAAGUAAAAAUAUUCCGCUUGCAUCAGAUCCCAGGUAUAAUAAAAUGCUACCCGAAUCUGUUGAUCAUUUGAAUGAUGUUCUAUCGAAUACAACGGAGAAAGAAGAUGACGAUUAUUACUAUGAUUAUGAGGAUUACAGUUAUGAUGAAAAUUCAGAUAAUAAAACCUCAACAGCCAGUAUUGCAACAGAAGAGGAUAUGGUCAAAAAACCAACAACUUCAACAAGCACUGCUGCACCAGCUGUUGUAAAGACUGAAAAGAUUCCAAAAUUGAAGCCAAUUAAGGGAGAGGAAAAGAUGCCAAUGAAACUUAACACUGAACAAUUCCUUGAUGAUGAUGAAACUGACGACGAAGACGAAAACGACAAUGAUGACAUGGCUGACGAUGAAUCCAAGGAGUACACUGACGAUGAGGAUGAAAAUGACAUGGAUGAUGAUGAGCUAAGCUUCAACAAUGAUAACUUCCCAUGCCCCAGGGAUUGCGUUUGCGCUAGGAACAGCGAUGGUUAUGUGUUUGCCACUUGCAGCAGGCUUGAUUUAGACAAGCAAAAGUUCGGUUCAGGCAUUACUGAUUUGGUUGUGACAGAUGUUGGUCCCAAGUACCCAAUUCUCCUUGGACCAGAUUUCUUCGUGAAGAUCGGUCUGAAACGUGUCUCAUCGAUCAAGAUCUUCAACUGUACCAUCGAAUACAUGCACGAGAAUGCUUUCCACGGGUUGGACAAUUUGUACUCAGUGAAUUUGACCAACGUCGGACUUACCAUCAUCAAUCCAAAUACCUUUGUAGAAAAUAAGAAACUUCGUCUAAUGACUAUCUCUGGAAACGAUUUGAGUGUCAUGUCUAAUGUGCACUAUUUGUUGAAGUCUGAUAGUAUCGAAGAAUUGGAUAUUUCCCGAAACAACCUCAUGGAAUUGAAGCCACUUGCCUUCAGUCAACUAACAAAGAUUGUCGGUCUCAAUUUGGCUCAGAACGGUUUGAAGGAACUCCCAGAACGUAUUUUCGACACAGUUGAGACCAUUGAAGAAAUUGAUCUGUCAUACAACUCGCUGAAGGCUCUUCCGAGGGGUGUCUUCAAUCGCACAGCUUUGGGAAUUCUCCACUUGAAGUACAAUGAAAUCACCGGUGAUCUUAACUUUGGUGCCACCGAUCUGCAGAAAUUGGACUUGAGUUAUUGUUCGAUUAAGCAAAUUCACCACGGAAUGCUCGAUCAGAUGACACAACUUACACAUCUCAAUCUUAAGGGAAAUGGUAUCACAAAAAUUCAACCAGAUUCAUUCCUUCAGCUGAGAAGACUUCGUCAUAUUGAUUUGUCAAUCAACGAAUUGGAUCAAGUUUCUUCGCUGUUGUUCUACAAGAACUCCGAAUUGGAUGAUAUCCGUUUGAAUGACAACCCUCGUCUUAGCCAAUUGCCAACUGAUGGAUUCCAGAGCUUCAACAAAUUCUUCAAUGUUCGUAUGUUGGAUGUCUCCAAUUGUGCCAUUGGAGCAUUGGGACACAAGACCUUCGCAACAAUGCCAAAUUUGGUUACUCUUAAACUCGCAUGGAAUAACAUCAACAAUUUGGGUAGGGAUUCAUUUGCUGCCCUCAAUAAACUCGUCGUUCUCGAUUUGAGCAACAAUUUGAUUGAGAAGCUCGAUGAUUUGGUCUUCAUGAACAACAACGACUUGACUCAAUUGAAUUUGGCCGGAAAUCCAAUCAGAAAACUCCCAACUCGCCUCUUUAUGCCAUUCGCCAAGCUUAGGGACCUCGAUGUUAGCGAAUGUGAUCUUCACUUCUUGUUGAGUGACAACAGCAACGGAAUGAGUCAUCAAUACAAAUUCUUCGAAACUCUCAGAACCUUCAAUGCUUCAGCUAAUCAAAUCAGGAAGAUCUCAACUGAGGACAUUAUGCCAUUCAAGAACUUGAGCACCCUGGACAUCAGCCACAAUCCUCUUAAAUGCAACGAAGAACUCAAGGGAAUGAUUGUCUAUGCCACAAUGAAGAACAUUCUUCAUGCCGUGAAAAUGCCCUCAAAGGAAAAUAUCGAUGUUUCGACUUUCACUGAAACCUCUCGCCCACAACUUGGCUGGGAUGAUCUUGCUCACGAAGUCUGCAAACACAAUGCCGAUACAUUCAAGCCCAAGGAACAAACAAUGGAGGAAAUCAAGAAGGACAUUCUCAAGGGCGAUGAUGUUGAUAUGAAGAAAUUGUUCUACAGACAAGAACAAAGAGAAGAACAACAAUUGAUCGAGAACGAAAAGAAGGCCGAAGAGGAGGCUAGGAAAUUGAAGGAGAUCAUCAAAAUGGAACAAGAGAAGAAGAUUGAAGAAGAAAAGAAAUUGGAAGAAGAUUUGGCUGAAGAUACAAGUGCUGAUGAAGAUACUGAAGAGGAAGAUAAUGAUGAAGAAGAUACAUACGAUGAUGACGAUGAAGAAGAAGACAAAGAAAACGAAACUGAUUCAACUAAGCCAGUUGUUCAUGACAUUGGAUUCAAUGCCAAGGAAGUUGAUCUUUCUCGAGAGACCAAGGAUAAAUUCUUGUUGAACAAACUUCUUCUUGAUGGAGACAAUGAUGAAGACGACGACGAUGAAGAUGAUGAUUCCGAAGAAAUAAUCAUUGAACGUGGUCGCAUUUACUACAACGGCUACACGUACUUCAUCCCAGCUUUGAUCAUGGUGACCUGUGUGAUAGUCUUCUUAUUGGCUAUUGGUAAAUUCGUUUCGCUCAUGAUGAGGAAGCGCGGAGAACGCUACCGUAUGGCUUUACUUGCAUCAAAGAAUUCCAUUGUUUAUCAGAAACUCUCCGAGGACAUAAUCAAAUCAAAUCCCUGCAAACAGCCGAAAAUUCAUAAAUAUUCGCCCAUCAAUCAAGUUUAAGUUUUUACUUCAAACAGAAUUAGAAAAGAAGAAAAUAAAAACUAUGAACAUGUUCUAAACGCAACAAGAAAUAAAUUUUCAAAAAGUUUACGUAUUUUAUUUUUUGUUUGUCUUUUAGUUUAGACAUUGUAUGAUAAAGUGUUUUUUCUGUAUUUAAUUAUAUAUUUUUAAGAUUUUUCUUUUUGUUUAAAUUUAUGGCAGUUUAAAAUAUUUUUAAAAUUCAAAAAAUAAACGAAACUAAAGUUAUAUUUAAUUUGUUUAAACAAAAUUCUUUGUACUUAAUUUUACUAAUAUAACAAUAAUUUUUGCAAACUAAAAUGAAAAACAAACAUUCCCAAAUAAAAAAAAAUACUUACGAAAAUAAAAGGUAUCCGAUAAUUAUUUUAAUCAACUAAACAAAACGUCGUCGUAAUGUUGAAAAUUAUAAUUUUUAAUUAGUUUUAAGAUAAACAUAAACUCUAUAUAUUUUUAUAUAAAAUAGUUGUAGCAAAAAAAAAAACAGAAACAAUAAGAAGGAAGGAUUAAUUAUUAAAUCAAAAAAAAUUGGUUAAUUUAAAUUUUCAAAACAUUAUUUUUUUUCAACACAAUUUGUUCUUUUCAAGUUAGUUAAGUGCCAUGGCCCUUAAGUUUAGUGUAAACAGUAAAAAGAAAUAAAAUAAAAAAACCUAUUUAUAUAAAUAUUUGUUAUUUUCUUUACUUUUUUUUGGAGAUAUUAAGAGUCAGAACUAAAUUGAAGAAAGUAUAACUAGAAAGGGCCAAAAUUAAUACAUAAUGAUAUAAAAGAAAGAAACCACCACGAAUAUUUGGAAAAAUUAAUUCAAAAUUUGUAUUAAACAUGUUUUCAAAAAUUGUUUAUUUUUUUUAUAAAUAUUAUUUUAAUUUUUAUUGAAAUAAAAAACUACAUUUGGCUUCCAAUAUACACAAGAA